AUUGUGGACACCUUGAUUUGUAGAGCAUUUCUAGUUUGGUUAAGUCGCACUCUUGGAAUAUCAAAUAGGUAUUUGUUUCUAGUGUGAUGCCCAUGAGUUCUGUUACAGCCUUCUAGGAAGCUUCUAAGGUCAGAAUUGACCACCAGACUGGCCACUACCACAACAGUAGUCUCCGUGGUGUAGUGGUAAGACACUCGCCUGGCGUUCCGCGAGCGCUAUGUCAUGGACUCUUAUUGAAUGCACUUGGAGUGAAACAUGGAAAUGGGUACUUCGGAAAAAGAAGAAAAAGGUUAUGCAAGCUUCACUGAGUGGGCAGCUGUCUCAUUAUGGACAGUAUUUUGUUAGUGGUUUUGAGACACUGCGAGAUGGAGGGUGGUAUAAACUAGUGAGUGUUCUUCCUCCGGCUCAGAUCAUACAGCGGCAGAUGACCAAGAAACAGGGUGGCAAGGAUACUUUAAGACAUAGAUGAUUCAUCCUUCACCAUUUUUCUACUUCUAAGGUGAGGAAAAGUUUUUUUUUAAAGUCACAUUUCUGUAUGUACUGUAAGUUUCUGUAGGGAUCCACUCUGAAUGCUUUUAUAUAAAUAUUGAUGAUUUAGGAGAUUUUACUUUUUUCUGUAAUUGUAUAUCUUAAGUUCUAUUGAUCAUAUGAAUAAAAGGCUCUUUAACUCUUUUAAUAGGAAUAAUCAUGUGGGGAUUUUUGUGUUCUUUGUCAUGAACUGUCAGAAUAGUUUGUAUUUUUCCGGUGUCAAUUUACAUUGGAAUCACUUCAUUUGAUAAUAAGAACUUAUCAAUUAAACUAUCAAAGGAGUAGCAA